AUGACAACCCAACAUCCUGCGAUCAUGAACCGCAAACGCUCGCGUCUUGCUCCAGAUUCUGACGACGAAGAUGCACAGCAACGGCGCGAACCGUCGCCCGCCCUCCCCACGUUCAGCGACACGUUGAAAAGAAGCAAAACACAAUGCGAACUAGAUGACUUGGACAUGAUAGGCAUAGAGAAAGCAUGGCAUAUUGAUGUGGAUGCUAUACUGGCCAGCGAGACGCUUGCUACUGCGCCGGGGAGUAUGUUGGCAGUGCACGACAAUUGGGGAAGAUACGGAAAAGACGAGUCGAUAGUCGUGAUCUGCGUGCAGGGAAACAUGCAUUUACACUAUGAUCUGCUGUGCGAAUCACUACCAUCCCUCUAUACCCUGUCGCCAUCUCUACAAGCAUUAGUUCUCUGCCACGAUCCGUCUACACACACACUUUCCACUACGGCCCCGUUUUCGCUUCCGCUGAUACAAGCUGUUGCGCCUUUACAGAACCACUUCGUACGGCUAGGACUACUGCACCCCCUCGGUGGAGGCAAGCUGCCGUUAGAUGCGUUGGUCGUAUUGGAUUGGAAAGGUAGACGCAGGUUGGUAUUGCCGUUUGGCUGGGGAGCUGGCAAGCAUGUGGGGACGCCUGCUGGUGGAAGCAUACAAACGCAGUUGGUGAAGUUGCUGAUGCACUGUGUUGACACUUUGGAACAAGAGAGAGAUCAGACGUGA